UACAGGCAAGCUAUGGCUGAACGAGGCAGAUAUGAUGAGCUGGAGGCGAGAUAUGCCUCCAAUGCCUAUGCCUCCUACUACCGAAGAGUCGAAGAUAGCGUUACAAGCAAGACUAGGAUUAGGAUCACCAAAUGACCAGAGGACGAAUGCGAGACUGGAAAAAAUUCCUUCUACCCCCACGUCACAUGGAGAUGGAGACGCAAACGGUGAUAUCAGCGGUGACGAAGACCAAAGCGUUAGUGGCAGUGAACACAAUAUCGAGCAUAACGAUGAAAAUUCCAUGGACUCUGAUAGGGACGGGGCUCUUAAUCUGGUGACCGGCACGCCCUCCAACUCAACCCCAGCUCCACCUCUGCAUCCGCAAGCACCUCCUCCCGUCCCCCCCUCUACGCACACUCCACCCCCGCCACCUGCAACAGCCACGCCCACAGCUCGAACUCCCUCCCCUUCCACGCCCUCGAAUAAUCCUACUCCUGCGAAUCCGGCUCAAUCCACAGUAGGGGCGGCCCUAGCUGCCCUAGGAGGUCUCGGCGGACUGUUUGGAAACCAUCUACAGAUGUUAGGGGGGCUGCAGGCGGCCUUUCCCGCCCAGCAGGGGUUGCAUCAGUUGCAACAGCUCGCUAUGUUGCAACAACAGGGCGGAAACACGCAGAAUGGAGGCGCGCAAGGGCAGAUAAACGCUACGCAGGCUCAGUUCCUAUUUCAAAACCAGGGUUUCCUGCAAGGAUUUUCAAGGUCGCGUCUACAAACGAGAACUCCUCAUUCGAUGCAGGUGCAGCAAAUCGCGCAAGCAGCCCAACAGCUCCAACAAUUGCAGAAAGCGCAGCAGCAAGCGCAACAUCAACACCAGCAACACCCCCAUCCCCACCAACACCAUCACCACUCCCCCACUUUGAACACAAGUCACGCCCCCACGCAGCAACAUCAUCCAGUCACGACGCAGACCACGCCUCCAAGCACCGCCCACGCAGGCGGGCAACUGUCGGUACCGGCUGGCCUGCUCACUCCGACCACGCCUACUAGUGGAGGCGGACCACAUAUAGCCACGCCUACGCAUCACAUGAAGCCACCACAGGGUACUAGGAUACUAGAACCUUCGCCGGAGGAGACGACAGAUUUGGAAGAGUUGGAGCAGUUUGCUAAGACUUUUAAGCAGAGGAGGAUUAAGUUAGGUUUCACCCAAGGAGACGUUGGUCUGGCAAUGGGCAAGCUCUACGGCAACGACUUCAGCCAGACGACAAUCUCCAGAUUCGAGGCGUUGAACCUGAGCUUCAAGAACAUGUGCAAGUUGAAGCCGCUACUUCAAAAAUGGCUCGAAGAUGCUGACAGUACUUUAACUAACCCAGGAGCCCUCAGUAAUCCACUCACUACCCCUGAGACCAUCGGCAGGCGGAGGAAGAAGCGGACGUCCAUAGAGACCAGUGUGAGAGUGGCUUUAGAAAAGGCAUUCAUGCAAAAUCCCAAGCCUACCUCCGAAGAGAUCACUAUGCUCGCUGAUGGACUUUGUAUGGAGAAAGAAGUUGUAGUGCGAGUAUGGUUUUGCAACCGUCGCCAAAAAGAGAAGCGAAUCAACCCUCCUACAGCAGCUAUGGGCAGUCCAUGCUCAGUCAGUGGCCCCAACACAAAUGGGGCCAUGUUCCAUAUCGCUAACACUCUGGCAGCUACUAGCCCGCUAUCACUAGUCACCUCAGGCGGGCACAGUUUCAACCCCAACGUCAUGGUCAAGCAGGAAUGACAGUCGGUUAACUUUUUCGCCGAUCACUAUCUCGAAUAGUGGUUUUUGGAAUGAUAACGUGUUCUUCUAGAGCGUAAACUGCCAGAACUCUGUUUCAAAUAGCGUGUUGUGGUUACUAGAUUUUGAAAUGAUUUUAUGCGAUAACAGGAUAAAGGAUCUGAGAAAGUCAAUCCCUCGGGACCAUAUGGAAUGCAAGAAGUAGUGCCUCAAGUUCCUAUAAAAAUCGCUCUUCUACAAGUAUGGUUUCGAAAAGCCUGAUCCUCUAGCUGAAGAAAUGUAUUGUUGUUUAAAUUCGAUGAAAUGAGCACUUUUUGCAAAAAGCCAAAAUUUGCUUAAGGGAUCUUAUCUCGUGUGAUUUUCUUGGGCAGGAAACUAUGAAUCUAGUAGUAUAAUUGCUGUAUUAUCAAAAGGGCGGAAACAGUAUACUGAAUCCGGUACAGUGAUGGGCGAAUUGUAUACAUCAGGGAAAAUACACCAUACACCAUUGUGUACCCCUAUACAAUUACUUAUAAUUGUAUACGUCUUGAUACUCAUAUAGACAAUGUAAGCGAUGUAUACAAUAGCAAAAUACUUCAAUUAGGUCGCUUGUAAUCAUAUAUGCAACACCUGUAAGUGUUAUUUGAACAAUUAGAAUAGUUAUAAGUUAUUUAGUAUUUAUAUAUACAAAGUUAUAGUUUCAAAUAAAUUAGGAAUAUCUCUAAAAUGAAAUAAAAUAGAUUCUUGUAAUAAAAUCCCCUCAUUUGACUAAUUUAAUUCAGCUCGUCAGCAUCGUCAAUAUUUUCGCACGCCCAGCCAUAGGUAUUGUUUUUAAAUGAAAGUAAACCUAACCUCACGUAUGCUACUCUAUACAUAGUCUACACCAUUGUAUGCAUUGUAUAUGUAAUGUUUACAUUAUAUACACAUUGUAUACGUUAUCUACAUCGAAACGUCGACAAUUAAAGUAUACGCGUAAACGCCCAUCACUGAGCCGGUAACAAAACUGAUACAACCGUAGAGGAACAAGACAGUUAGUAAAUACACUGUAAAAGUUUCGCCUAAUGAACUCUUUCAAAAGUUACAGAAAUAAAACCGAUUUCCUGUGGCGGCCUUUACACAAGAUGUCCUGAAAGUUGGGUCUUUCCUUUUCAGAAACAACUACGUUUUUAAUAACAAAUCUAAUGGGUAGUGAAACAAUAUCGAAAAAGUUAAAAAAAGUAAAUGCAAAAAAAUUUCAAGUACAGCCCUGUCACCUGGAGGUAUUGUUCAAAGUUGCCUGCGAUAAAUUCAAAGGCACAGGUAUGAGCUCGUCGUAGGCUUUUAGAACGGAUUGCCUUUCCCGAAUGAAUGCUAAAUUACAAGUAGUUCGUCAACCGUGUUCACCUCAGUUUUAUACACUAAACGUUUUAUUUCACCCCAAAUAAAAAAAAGAACACGAAAAUCGAUCUGCAUGCACUCGCGAAGCUUCGUUAGCAUUUCGAAGACACUUACCGAAAGUUAAAAUAAGUUGGACAUCUCCGACCGACAUUGCUGUAUCAGUGUGCAAUUUACAAUUUUUUUUUAUAACCGAUGUGUAAAGAUUAUGUAUAUUGUAUACCAACGCAGCAAUCACCUGGAAUGAGUAGUGAUGCGCACGUUUCAUCUGAUCGAUGUGCAGGACCGGAUUAGAUUUUGUUUAGGCUUGAUUUAUUUUGGGGCGCAUUAUAUCUCGGUGAUCUUAAGACUUUGGGUACAUGUUACUAAAAAAAACUGAUCAUUUUCCCAAGAUCUAUACGCCGUGUAAAGGAAGGUCCAUUUUUGAGGACACCUGUAUAGAGGCCUGAAUCUUUGCAGGAGAGCCCGGUAUGACUUUUUUAUAGGAACGUGUGAUAAGUAUUAUUUAUGUGUUCUAUGUUUCCGGAAAUCGACAUCUUUUCCUAGGACACCUUGUAUAUGAGGUUAUAUAUAAAAAACUACAUAUAAAGCAUAAGGUCAUUACGGAAUAUUCUAUGCUACAUAAGAUUAAGUAUUUUCACCGACUAGAAGUGUUAUUUCGUCAUUAAUAAAGUCUAUUGAAAGCGUAAAAGCAGAUAGAAAAGAUGUCUUAAAAUAUUCGCUAUUUCCAACAGUGAUUCUGUAGUUUGGAACCGUUUUUUUCACGCAAGCAGGUGCAAUGGACAGUAACGAAUUGUAAAUGCAGCUUGAUCAUGCUGUGUGGUACUGAUAGUAUUUGUUACUUUUUUAACGCGAGUUUAGGUAAGCAUUUUCGGCGUGUCACUUGGUUUUAAGGGAAAAAGAUUUUAAUUGUUUUUCUAAAAUACAUAUCAAACUCCCGAAGUUUUUAUGAUUUUCAUUAUUCUCGACUGUUUAGUUUCGAAAUAAAUCAGUUCUCUCGCAUUGGAGAAUGAACAUUACUGAAAAUGCCUACCAAGGUGUAGUGAGUUAAGCUUGUGGUACAAUUUUCCAUUGGUAUCUUUAUCGAUAUAAAAAACUGUUUGAGUGAACAUAAUCACGUAAAACAGAAAUAUCAAGCAUACCACUAUUUAUUACUGGCACCCAUAACAUAUAUGUUUUUGCUAUUGAAAAAAGGAUUAUCCUCUUAUUUAUGAAUAGUAAAUAGACAUCACAUAGAACUCUUCUACUUUGAUAAUUGAUUUUUCACGAAAAGCCGCUAUAGUGUAAUGGUAAACCCGACAGAGUGAAAAUGGUUCUCGAAACUCACAAGUUGGAACACUGACCAUUAGCUAUAGCUAUAGCUUCAAUUAUGAAUGUAGAUUACAUCGAGAGUGGCACUCACUACAAACUCACCGACUCUAUCUCUGUAAGUACGAUUUAAUCAUUUAUACCAAAUAUACGACUUUGUAUCAUGUAUGUACGUAGGUAGCGAUUAUAUAUCUUAACUGUUUUAAAUAAUUUUUCAAUUGUACAUUAUGUCUCUGUUGCUCUUUUUGUUUAUUUGUUCUUUGUGUAAAUAGCUGGUAAUAACAGUUUUUAGGGACGUGGUAAGUUAAUGAUAGUAAUAGUAGAAUUUGACAAAUGGCAUUCUUCAGUAAAGCAGGGUCUCAUAAAAUUUAUUAUAUUUGAGGAUGACAUUUGUUGAGAACAAGUACUGUAAAAAAUAUCUUGUAGAUAGUGACGUCAAGACAGGUGGUAACAAGAAGAAUAUUAUAUAAAUAUAAGUGAAGUAUCGUCUUUUAGCUUUUAGUCCAAGAGAUAACAAGAGGUCUUCUGAAGUAUUAUAUUAGAACGAUGAAAUAAACUAUAUCAGGUUCAUAUUUAUCAAAAAUGGCAUCAACGUCACUGUUGGAAUCAUUUGACACCAAAAAUAAAAUGAUUUUUCUUAAAAUAAUUGACAUGAUGCAGUUUCUUAUUGGACUAUUAGAUUAAUAUGACUUUUAAACGUAAUCUUUCAUCAUAAAAAUAAAUGUGUAUGUCAGUGUAAAUAUAUAUCUAGAAUUUGGUUCUUUUUCUAUAUUAGUAGUAGGAGGACCAAUAUAGAGAUGUUUCAAGUUCCUAUAAACUAAAAUUAAUUGUUGAUAUUAUUAUUGGUGAGGAUGCACGGUGUAAUGUCGAUAUCAGAAAUGUUUCGUGACUUUGCUUUAACAAGUAGUUGCAUAUAUAUUUUCAGAGAUAAGUCUUCAUAUUUCUGUCGUUUAGACGUUGAAUAAUAAUUAAAAGUUGGGAAAGAUUAUUGCGUACAUUUAUUGGAUCUGAGGGCUUGAGAUGAAUCUUUCCAGUAUGUUCAUGCCUACUAUCUCUGAAAAAAUAAAUGUUCUCUAACUUACUCUCUGUAUUCGACUGAUUGAAUUUCAGUAAGACCUGAUUGUUAAUUUUUCAUCGAUGGUGGGAAUAGGGUCUUUGUCAUGUGUGAUAUUUUAUUUCGUUCUAUGAUCUGCGCGCACACAUAUAUUUACCGUAUACAUAUUUGGGUAUCACGGUGAAGUAGAUGGAUGAAUAUGGGUGGAUUCAAUAAAAGAGAGAUUCAAUAUUUUAACUCAUCAGAGAUAGAUGAAAAAUGUUUUUGUUGAGUAUGCAUUCAGCAUUGCACCAAUAGAAACAGUAAGACUUUUUGCGAAUUAAUUUUGUUUGGAUACAUCUACUAUUCAGGUUAGUUUCAGGGGAUUAAGCCUGUACAUUUAGGUUAAAUACAGAAAUGUAUUGUAGUAUUCAGAAUUCUAAUCCAAAAACUGAUUUGAAUGAUACGUACUUCACACUACUCCUGCAUCAUACGUACUGCCUUGUAAGACUGCUAUAUUUCAUUGAUGUAUUAAUUUUUCUAAAAAUAAAAAACUAAAUGAUAAAUCAAUAUGACCCAAGAAUUGACGGGGCAUAUUCUUAUAUUGAUACUGAGAUAAAAAAUAAGGUAUGCUUGAUCCGGGCCUUAAUGUGCACUGAAUCUGUCUGAAUCUAAUUGUCAGAGAUAUAUCCAAACGAAUGGCGAAUUACAAUAAAUAUUGAAGUGAAAAAUAACUAUAAGCGACUCAGUAAUUCAAUUUGACAUAUCUUUCUAUUUGUACAGAAACAAUAAGUAUUUUAACCUCAUGCGCUGACUUGCUCUUAGUUAUUUUUUGAGGUUUGAAGAGAUAAUAUCUGUAUCAUAUCACAACUUAAAUACACAGUUUUGAUAAGAGAGGCUGAGACUUCAUAAGUCAAAUUGCUACAAAGCUUUUAAUAAGUUUUUUGUGUUACUGUAAAUGAUGUUCCAUUGAUUGAUUUUUCUUAGUAGUCUAUGUGGAAAUUUUGCUUCUCAUGUAACUUGCACACUGUUUGCUCUGUCUUUUUCAUGAUAGAAUUGAGAUAAAAUAUCUAAGCAAUUGGAACACGUAAGUCCGUUCAGCUGUGUGGGCUGAAGUUUUGUCAUGAAAAACCAACAGAGUAUUUUGAACGAUUCAACAAUCUAGAGAUCAUUUUUGUGACAUUCACAGGAUAUCUGAUACCUCCAAUUACUCACUUCAAUUAUUUUUUGUCUUCAACUUCAAAAUACCAUAUUUGAAUAUUAUAAUUAUAUAUGGAUAGUCAUAAAGGAAUAUCAGAGAACCUGUGAAUUUUGACAUUGAUACGUCGGUUAUGUGAAAGUAAACAGGUAUACAAAUUUGGUAGACAUGAAUGUAACUUUUCCAUCAAAUUAAUUUUCUUUGCUAUAUUAUCUGGAAUAAUAUUAAUGGAUAUUUUGGAUUAAAAGAUUUUAUAUGUGUAUUGUAGAUAUAGGUAUGUAUAUGUGUGUAGUGUACCGUGGACAUGUAUUAGAAAAUAAAACACAUUUCAUCAGGAACAAAAUGAAUGAGUUAUUCGUACUUCUACAUAUGUUAUGUGACAGUAAAAUUGUUCUCAUUGUUUUAUGGUAGUAUUUUUAAACCUAAUAAUGAAAUGUGAAUGUAAAAAGAAAAUAGAUUAACGGCAAGUGUGAGGCGGCCCUGUUCAGAUGUGUAUUAUAUUACUGCAAGAUUGUGGUCUAGGCAAUAAUAACACUACUUGUACAUUAUUUUCAUUAAAGAAAUGAAUUCGUAUAUAUAAAA